AUGACGCAUGCAUGCUGCUGUUCGCGCGACGCCACCGCCAGCCGCCACCGCGCUCGGCUUCAUUCGGCGCGCGCGGGGGUGACGAGGGUGCGAUCAGUUGCGCGAAGCCCCCGAACGUCAGCUGUUGAGAGUAGUUGUUGCGGGCCCGAACCGACCGGCCGACGUGCGCAGCGAGCGAGCGACGUGCUUGCAGAGCAACUUACUUCCGCCGCCUCCACCGACCCGCUGCACGUUGUUCGGUCGUUAGACGCGAAAAUCUGAAUGAAAAUCGCCCGCGAACGAGUCGAUUUGAUCGUUGUGAAGAUGUGACGUGUGGUGAACACCUGUGCCGGCGCCCACUGCAGACGAAUUCAUCACCGGCGCGAGCACCACGCCAAAUAGCGACGAAAGAAAAUCGGCGACGAUUAAAUAGAUCCUUCAUCGAGAAUACCCGCACGCAAUUUUAAAAUGGGCAACGUGAACUAAGCGCAAGCGAUGAAUCCAGCAAUUGCAUAAUUGCAUCGCAUCCGAAGCACAGAAGCACUCCGACAACCGGAAGAGAAAAGAAGAGGAAAACGGCCGCAAGAUUUCCAUUAAAAAAUUGGUCAAACGGUUUAAGAAGAUGAGUGCGUCCAGCGGUGGCAGCAGUAAAAGCAGUAAGCGAUACAUGGCGAUGAGGAACAAACAGCGUGCCAAUAUGUCGUUCUUCAUUGUGGUUAUGUUUUUCGCCGUCUUCGGUAUUAUCGUAUUCACCGAGAUCUUCCUAAUCGACGAGCGAGGCCGCGGCGGAGGAGUUCUGGUCCGCCACGGCUCCCUUACCUACCACCAUCGCCAGCAGGAUCGUGGAGAGUACGACGAUGUUAUGCAGAGUGAUGAUUACAUAUCGAUAAGAAUGAACAACAACGAGCGCACCCUUCGAGAGGACACAAUCGGCGCGGUGCUUUUAGGCCGCCGACCAGCACCACUCCAUGCACGCCCCGACACCACCGUGAAUGAGCGCGAGGUGCUCACCGAGGGCCAACUACCCCCGUUCUCCAAUAACAGCAUACCCAUGGAUGGUACUUGGCAGACUGUCAACGGCACUAGGUACAAGUUCUACGUGUUCUCGGCGUUCUUCGACAAUCGUAAGGGCCAACGAGCCAUCCGCGUCAUCGGGGCGACUAAGAUGCGAGGACCCGAGAGAGUGUGGUGCCGAUUGUGGUACAAAUUCGGCGAGAAUAAUGGCACCACAUUUACCAGCAAGACGGUGGUGGCUAAAAUUAAAAUUAUCCGGGAGAAUUGGAACCUCAAGUAUAGUGCAUGUUUUGUGAUGUGUCCAAUGCAGCGGAACCAGUCAGUUCCCAAUUAUGUGUCCAUCGUGUCCAAAGUGAAGUUCCCGCCAUCCAACACGCUCAUCGUGGUAAAUAAUUUCAACGAAUCGUUUGCGUCGCCCAACGACAGAAAUCGGCAGAAGAAAUUCGCCAUUUGUGUGAAACCGCUGCAUUUCGACUAUAACCGAGCGCUGCAAAUAUUGGAAUUCAUCGAACUGAAUCGCAUCAUGGGUGUAGAGCACUUCACCUUCUAUAAUCACACCGUGGGAAAGCAGGUCGGUUGCAUUCUGAACGACUACGUCAAGAAAGGAUUAGUCAGCCUGCUGCCAUGGCAGUUAAAUAUGGUCUCACAGAAGGAGAUUCGUACAGAGGGAUUGUUUGCCGCACUCAAUGACUGUCUUUACCGCAGCAUGUACAAGUACACACACGUUCUGCUCAUCGAUUUGGACGAGUACAUCAUUCCUCGGCACAAUGACACGUUGCCACAGCUAGUCGAUUAUCUAUCGACUAGAAUCAACACACGCUCCACCGGCUCGUUCUCGUUCCAAAACGCUUUCUUUUACCUGCAAUGGGGCGAUGGCGACUUUGUUUAUGAAAGCCACGACUCAGUGGCGGCCGGUUUGGUCACCUUGAAGAAAGUGCGUCGGAAAACAAAGCUGCAUCCUCACAAACAGCGUUCGAAGUAUAUUUGCUUGCCGGAACAGGUCGUGGAGGCGGGCAAUCACUUCGUCUGGGAGUACAUCCCCGGCCAUGGCACAUUCAAUGUGCCUGCGGACUCGGCCAUCUUGCAUCACUAUCGCAUAUGUGAGUUCGGCGGCGACGACUGCAUCAAUACGGCGAGCACCAUCGACAACACCGCCUACCGAUAUAAAGAUCAGCUCAUCGCCAACGUGAAGGCGAAAUUCCAAGGGUACAAGGUGCCAUGCCAGUUGCCCGAAUUGCCACCGCCGCCAGAGCGUGGGUUCGAAAAACUGCUCAAAAUCUUCAAGAGCGACGCGUUCAAGAGCAGAUAAUGAACGAGGCGCGCAAGCCUGGCCUCCUCUUCGGCUUGAACUAUAUCAGAAACAAGUCUAUGCUUUAAGUAUUAUUCUAUCAAAGUUUAAAUCAAAAUGGCGACGAAUCUCCAAAAUGUACACUCAUUUAAUAAUUCAAUUGUGAUAAACGCUUAGUUACUCAUUUUUCCCUUUCACUUGAUUUCUCAUUUAGUUUUGCUUCAGAUUGGGAAAAAUUGAAGAAGUAUAAAUCUAUGACGUUACACUGCAUUCAGAUGAGUAAAGUUCGCCACAAAUCUAUGCUAAUUUUGUAAAUAAUCAUUUGUACUAGUAUCUACUGGACCUAUUUAACUAUUAAGUAAUAAUUAAGGAAUACUAUACUAAUAAAAAGACCAAAUUUGCGCAAUGUAAUGCCAAAAGAAGUUAAACGAGGUUUUAAAGCAAAAACGAAAGAAACAAACACUGUUGAAAGUCUUUUCAUAUUGAGCAAUCUGAGUAUGUAAGUGCUACCAACCAGUAUUUAAAGUUAAAGCUCAGUUUACUAGUGCUAAAAUACACAUAUUCAAUAUCUAAGUAAAAAGUAAAUGAUCGCAACUAAAAUUUCUAACAAAUAAAACGAAACACCGAUAAUCAUAGGAAACACACACAUCUAAAGACAUAUUCAUUUGCAUAAUGACUAACCCAACCAGAGAGUACUUUAUAAAGUUUUGUUUAAACAUAGUGAAUAGUAUUGUACAUUGCUAGAUUUCUAUGUUCUGUUAGAAAAGAGUGGUAGGACGCGUAUUACAUAACAAACCGAUUAGAAUAGGCUAGUUACAAAGAGGAUAUUUAACUAAACGAGUAAACGGAAAAGGAAAAAGAAAUUACAAUGACAAUAUUAUAUCAAAUCUAACACUUUCUUUAUCGUCGGACGUUUCAAGAGUUUCUAUUGACAUUUUCUACCAUCACCAAUUGCAGCAUCGGUUAGCAGUUAUUUUCUUGUAGCUUUUGUAUGGAUAGUUUACAAAUAGCAAUCCGAAACUAACAUUCUCAAUUAAAUGAUUUGUGAUCUUCAAACUUUCAAACAUACUGCUGAUAGCUAUAAACUGUGAAAUGUAUACUACUUUCGUUGUGAUUCUUGUUGUUUCUUACUUUCUUACUACCUAGAAAGAAAACUAAAAUAAUUAGGUAAGCGAAUGACGACAAAUUUAUUGAAUGUAAGUCUAUUUAUCAAGGGAUUAAAUAAAAUGAAUUUUUAUCUAAAA